UUUAGCCCAGCGACCUGUCCAUCAGCUGAUAAAUACGCCAACCUAUUGUGACUGUCAAAGGGCAAUUCUUGCCCCUGAGUCAGGCUCUUUGACGCAGCCGUGAGGCAGCUCCUGGCAAGUGCCAUGGAAGGAGGCAGUAGUGAAGUCCUGGAAGGGUUUUUGUGCCCCAUCUGCCUGGAGGACCUGGCAUCCAUCACCCAACUCCAGGCACAUUUUGAAGAACAACAUGGAUCUGAAGAUAAGGAUGUGGUGCAUGCUCUUAGAGGAUUCCUGAGUAAAGCAAAGAAAAAAUUACUUAAUGAAGAUGAGCCUGAUAAUGUAGCGCGAAGGGAUUUUGAUGGCAGUGGAUUAGAAUAUGAGCCUAACAAUCCUUGGAACUGGGACCCACCCCCUUUAGGUAAGUCAACUGUAUAUUUAUCCCAUGAAAACGAGUAUUUAAGUGAAUGUGGUAGUACUGAUAGUAACAAUAGAGAUUAUAUAUCCUAUAAUUUAUAUGCAUACCACAAAUUUAUUAUAUUGUGGUCAUCAGAACAUUUAAUAUAUAUGCUCGACGUCGUAUUCAAUUCUAUUAGUAGGUUGUGUGGAGGCAUUAUGUGUGAUGAAUGCUCAGAAUUCUUGACAUUUGAUUAUGCAAAAAAACUUGUUAGUCCAGUUCACCAGGGGAAUGUGAAUCAAAUGACCACGGUAGCCACCACCAGCAGCAGCAGUAGCAGUGGUGGGCCUCUCAUGACCUCUUUCCUUGCCGGCAUUUCUGGUCUGCGUCGCUCCGGUUCGCAAGGGUCCCUUAAUUCCCUCCUGUCAGUGAUGGACUCCAUGACCAGUGAGCAGCACUUCCGCGUCUGUCGGCACUGUAUGGUGAGACUACAAGCACGAGACAACCAAGUGGAACAACGGACAUCAAAGCCAACGUUAUCCCUCUACUAUGAAAAACUUAUGGAAUAUCGAUCAUUAUUGGAGAGACUUCUACCCCAGUAUGUUCAGAUGGCAGAAUCAUUAAGUGCAGGAGAAACUACAUACAAUCUGCAAGAUGCUGAGGAGCUGAGAAUGAAGAUCCUUAAGACUGGUGACAAUUUGAACUCCAUGGCUCAGAAGAUCCGCAACCUUGGGAUAGGUAGCCAAGAUGUUACUGAUGGGGCUGCUAGCAGCAUCCCUCUGGGAGCACGGCAGGAGCUCCUACAGAGAAGGAUAUUUUCAACAUCAUCUGGGUUCCUUAAAGAACAUAUUCUAAGCCUUCCAAAAUUACCCACCUUUCAUGAGCUAAAGGAGACCCAAGAGAGGAGAAGGUUGGAAGCAGAGGCAAGACUGGCAGCUGAAAAAGAAGCAAUGCGGCAGGCAGAGGAGAGAGCAAGCGAGAUCCUUCGACGUAGGGACAAAGAGAGCAAAGACUCACCAAGAACAACCCCAAACCGGUCAAGCAGUAGUAACACCCCAAGCAGAUCAAGCAGCAGUACACCAGUGUCCUUCUCCACUAGCAGAAAAAAACAAUCAGAUGAAGUUGUUGUUGACACAGGCUGGGGCCCAAAUCUCUGUCCUCCAAAUGUAACAGAGACUGAUGAUCCCAUGAUUCAGCAGAUGAACAAUCUUAGGAAUUAUAUAAAGCAGGCAAGGGAAGCAAAUCGAUAUGAUGCAGUAGCUACUCUAGAGGCCAACUUGAAGGAGCUUCAAGGAGAAUAUAAAAAGCAACAGCGUUUGAUGAAUCCAUAGAAAUUGCAGUCCUAGGCAUCUAUUUAAAUUAUUUUGGUGCAAAAAACAAAACAAAAUAAAUUGUAAAAAGCAAAAAGGGAAGAAAAAUAGGAGAGAAAGGAAAGGACAAGUAGACAUAAUAGUGAUCUUGUAAAUUAUGAUAUAAUUAUGGAUAAUAGAUACUGAGAUUGAA